GUCAUAAUCCCGCAAGAGGGCCAAGCGCACCACACCCGAAAUGUAUAAAAGGGCUCGCGGGCAGGCAACCAACCUAACUUCAAUCCACGACUACAUCAGCGAUGGCCACAGCUUCACAGACGACUUACAAGCCAAAUGACGCCUUCGUGGCGUCGAAGCUCUUCUCUCUAGAUGGAUUCAAAGCCGUCGUGACUGGCGGCGGUACGGGCAUUGGCCUGAUGAUCACCCAGGCCCUCGUCGCGAACGGCGCGAAGGUCUACAUCACCGGACGCAGGCAGGACGCUCUCGACAACGUCGUGCAGCGGUACGGGCCCGGGGGAAAGAUAGUCGGGAUCUCGGCCGACAUCACGAAGCGCGACGAUGUGCUGCGUCUCGCGAAGAAGGUCCAAGAGCUAGAGCCCGAGGGCAUCCAGCUGCUUGUGAACAACGCUGGUGUAGCGAAGGAGAAGGCGACUACGACCUAUUCGAAGCAAGGUGAACCGGACAUGCACGACGCAAACGCGAUCGCGGAGCACCUACUCAAGGCGACGCAUGAAUCCUGGGCGGAGACGUUCGAGACAAAUGUCACGGCGCAGUACUUCACAGCGGCGGCGUUCAUCCCGCUGCUGUCGAAGGGCACCGCGAACACGCACGGGUACUCAGCCAGCAUCGUCAACGUCGCGUCCAUCAGCGGCAUGAUGCGUACGUCGUCCUCUGGCCAGUUCGCGUACGCCGCCUCCAAGGCCGCGAUGCUCCAUCUGUCGAAGCUGCUGGGCACGACGCUCGCGCAGGCGAAGAUCCGCGUGAACACCAUCUGCCCUGGGAUCUUCCCGUCCGAGAUGACUGCUGAUAGCUCGGACGAGGCGAACAAGUCGCGCCUGCAGGACGCCGGCAAGUCGUUGCCUGCGGGCAGGAGCGGCGACGAUGGCGACAUGGCGGCGGCGAUUGUGUAUCUGGUCGGUCCAAACUCGAACUUCCUGAACGGUCAGGUGUUGCAUCCGGAUGGGGGAGCGGUUUUGACAAGCCCCGCGACGGCGUGAAGGUGUUGAUACACUGGUCGUUGUUGUUCGGUGUUAAUUAGCAAAUGUAGCUCUAGUGUAUUCCUGUAGCAAGUCAACCAAACGUGUAUACUUCUAUGUCGUCUGACUCCCCGGAUAAUGAGCUCGAGAUCUCGGUGCUUGAGCUUGAAGCGUUUGAGUUAAGUAUGU